AUUCGAGUUCCGAACGGCAGCCGGAUCGGAGGGUAAACCUUGCGGAUUAAGUUAGCCCCAACCAGGACCCCAUAUAUAUAUAUAUAUAUAUCUUUUGUUCAGUGUUUGUGUCGUGCAAAAAAAGAAAAUAAGAAACAGCCAGAGAGCCAAAUAAAUCCAAAAUCAAAACAAAAUAAACCGAAUUAUGAUAUUCCCACGUCGGUGUAAAGUGAGAUGAUUUGAGGUCUGUGUGUUACAAAUCCUUUCCCGUGCCGUCGCCCCAACAUCAUGCUCGACAAAUUCAACACAAACGCAUUCAUAUCGUUUGGACUGGGAUUCAUACUGAUGUGGCUGAGCGAAGCCACGGAAGCCCACAUGAACUACACAGCCAAGCCGCGAGUAGUUCUUCCGCCUAAUUAUGUCAAGGAAAUACGACCGCCCUCGAAGAAGGGCUCACCAGUGAUAGUAGACUUUAGCAUAUUCGUUGUAGAUAUUAACUCAAUUAACGUAGAGGAUAUGGACUUUAGAGUAGACAUGUUUAUACAUCAGCGCUGGCUGGAGUCGCGUCUGGAGAUCCCAGAUGACAUAUUCGAGGAGGGCGACGACUACGUGACGCUGCUUCCAGAGGUCUUUGAGAAUUUUUGGCAGCCGGAUCCGUACUUUCUUAAUUCCAAAAUUGCCGAAAUAGCGACACUGACCCACAAGUUCACGUCGGUGACGCUCUACAAGAACAAAACGGUGCGCUAUGCGGCCCGGAUGCAUGCGAUCAUCGCCUGCCAGAUGGAGUUCCAGCUGUACCCCAUGGACAUCCAGGUGUGUCCCAUCUACAUCGAGAGCUUCUCGUCGAACAAUCAAAAGGUUAAGCUGCGCUGGUCCGACUCCGGGGUGACCCUCAAUCCGGAACUGAAGCUGCUGCAGUACAAUCUGGGCCAGCCGCUGGAACUGGAGGAGAGCGACGGCUACAUGCCGGAGAAGGUGGGGAACUUCUCCCGCCUCACCGUAUACUUCCGCUUCGAGCGCCAGAUUGGCCACCACCUCAUCCAGACCUUCGCCCCCUCAUCGCUGGUGGUGAUGCUGUCCUGGUUCAGCUUCUGGCUGGGACUGGACGCCAUUCCGGGGCGCGUAACGCUACUGGUGACCUGCAUGCUGACCCUGGUGACCAUGUUUACGGGCGCCGACAUUCCGCCAGUGGCCUACGUUAAGGCACUGGAUCUCUGGAUGGCCGGGUGCAUGCUGUCCGUGUUCGCCGCGCUGGCCGAGUUCGUGGUGGUGAAAGUGCUGGACGUGCAGUACCAGUACCAGGUGAACCGCAUACCCAAGGUACUGCCCAUGCGCAUCAGCAAUAUGGAGAAGGGUCAGUGUGCGACGGUGGCCAGUUGGGAGGGCGGAGCGGUGCGGUCGCGGAAGGCCACUCAGACGCCCACGACACCGGGCCAGACAUCGCUCCAGGGUAACGGCGGACCGCCGAAGCCAGCAAGACGUCAAAGUCUACUUUCCGUGGCGUGGACGGAUACGGAUACCGGCGUGGAGAAGAUCAUGUGGCGAGAGAUCGACAAGGUGUCCCGCGCCGUAUUCCCCAUCCUGUUCUUUGUGUUUGUGCUCCUGUACUGGCCGAUACUGCUGAUGAAGUCGUCCUAGGAUUUGGGGAGCUCCAGACUGCAUAUGUCUGGACUCCGUUAAAAAGUCGAACAAACGCGAAUAUGUUGAUGAAACUGCAAUUGGACUGGAUUUGGAUAUGCAAACUUCAAGUGCAAUGCCAGUGACGCUAGGUCUUUGGAUGGGAAUAUCUGGAAACCGAGAGCUCUAUGCUGCACGUCAUCAGAGUACAAGAAACCACAAGGAAAGUCUACAGUUACCUAAAUACAUCCAUCGGGUACAUUGAAAUGCCAGUACUGAGUGUUAUGGACUACUUGCUCAUAUUGUUCAUUUGAGUAUAUGCUUUGUACAGAUCCAAACAAUACCGAUAUUAUUACAAUACCCCAAAUUAUUUCAAAUCUAUGCCUCAAUCGCAAAACAAAACACGUAUGUAACUCUUUCGGCAGGACACCGCGCACACCCACAGGAUGGAAUGCUUCGCUACUCAACUAUAUUAGCCAUGAUCCCACAAGGAUUACCCAAAUUUGAGUUUAGUUCUGCCUUAUGCAUAUACAUAUAUGUAUUGUACACCGGAUAACAAACAAACGUAUAUCACUGUGCUAGUGACAAUACCCAGAGUCGAAAGGGUUGUCCCUACUUUCAAAGUAUACACUCUCUACAAUUGCGAGCUACACGCAUAAAUCAUUUUCGGGCAAACGAUUUUAAUUGAACUUUUGUAUUAGGCUUAAGCAAAUCAGCCAAGAUAUGGAAUUGGUGCUUUACGAAGAUAAUAAUAAUACAAUGGCCUCAAAGGAUAUUUGGAUUGUAAAUAACGAAACGAACAGUGAAUGCUUUUAGAGAUUUUUACAUAUUUAGAAUUAUUUAUCCAUUAUAGCGCAUUUUAAUGCAAACAUUAGAGCUGUGGCUUUUACAUCUAAUACUAAAAUCGACCUGUAGUUCAAACAGCGCACAUCAGGCAGAAUUUUUGAAACUAUAAACAUAUAUAUAUACAUAUAUAUAUGUUAAGCUAAAUCGAGUUUAUAUUUGAUAUGGAAAUACAAACACAAUGUAAAUACAUUACAUCACUACUAUAUAUAUUACAUGCAUAUAUUUAUCUAGGAUUGUAACUGCUAUAAAAAGUUAAGUUUAUAUAAAUAUCUGUAUUCUUUCCAUUUUUAAGUUAUGUUGUUCACUCAGCUAAUCGUAGUUCAGUGAACCCUCUAACAAUGUUAUCGAAAAGCUUUAAAUUUAUUCUUAAUAAAAGACAAGGCGCGUACAUCUAUCAAAUC